AUGGAGGCCCCUCGAGCCUUUACCACGUCUACGCACUACUCCCACGAACACGAACAGUCACAUUUACGACACCGGGAACCUCCGAAAGGCACGUUUGGCCACCGUCGCAAGCACAGCCCGAAUCUCGAAUGGCGGCAACCAUGGACAAAGGAGAGCUGGUCACAGGGCCGCGUGCUGCUCAUCGAUUAUGUCGCAAAGGAACACUCAGCGGAGGGCAGACGGAAGAUUGUGGCACAGGAGUUCUCCGACAUCGACAGUCUGCGCCGGUUCUAUCGCAAAGAAGAUCUCUCGGCGCAAGCAGCAUUGCGCGUGAUACACGUCCAAAACGCCAGCUGGGCCACACGUUACCUCCUCCGCAAGUUCAACAUCGACGCCACGGACGAUCUGGUAGGCACAAACUUCGGUCGCUGGGCCAGCUAUGAGAAGCCUCAACAACGCGGCGGCAAACCUGUCCUUAAUGGCCGUACAUUCCGCGCUCAACGCGAUCCCUGGCGCGGCAUCUCGCGCGCUGCCUUUGGAGCCGAUUACCUCAAAUCCUACGAUAGGAAUACGCACAUUCCCCGACCGAAUAACAACAAGUCCAUCAUGGAGCUCAAUCACUACGACGAGACGGAUCAGCCACGAUAUGGACACGACGUAUAUGUGCAGCGCUUGAGCUGUUACGUUCAACUCAGCGACGGAACCCCAGGGCAAGCCGUCGACCCCGAUAUACCGAACCCAUACGACGAGGAAGCGUGGGAGGAGUACAUGCGAUUGAAGAAGAGUUACGGCAACGUAGAUGCGAAUGAGCACCAGGAACGUUACAUCCCCAAGCUCCGGUCCCUCGACAACGGCAACACAAUCAUUCUGUUUGAGAACUCGGUCACAGGCUCCGUCAAAGAUACCCUUAUCGGCGCGCGACAAGAACUAGAGUCUCGCUGGAGACGACUAUCCUUCUACUUGCCCAUGGAGGAAAACGAUGAGACGCUGACGGCGGAGUGCAUGGAUUUCAUCUUGCAGGAUGUGUUCAAAGCGUUGAGCUACAACUGGCAGAAGUUUCUGGCUGUUUGUGAAACCCAUGUUGGGAUUCUGGAAGAUAAGAUCUACGAGAACCCCGCCGACGAAUCCCGCGCCCCUGAACUUUGGAAGAACAGCGCACAAUGGCUCAAGGUCGAACGCCUCAUAUACAUCCACGUCGACGUAAUCAAGGAAAUGGUCACACAUCUUCACGACCUAGCGGGUGCGGACCCUAAAGAAUCUUCAGACCAGCCCUGGCUGGGUUCCGUACCAGACGAACUCGACAAGUUGACCGGACAGUGGGAAAGAGAUGUCAUCCUCCCCACGACCGCUCUAUCAGACCUCAUGUACAAGAGCGUAGGUAUUAGGGAUGCGCGACAUUCUUUACAAUUAGGCCUGAUCGGUUUCUUCGGCAUGAACGUGUCCACCUUCUCCGAAAACCCGCCCCUAAAAUGGUGGUUCAUAGUCUCCAUCCCCGUCCUCGUCAUUGUCCUCAUCCUCUGGUACGGCGUAAAACACAAUCUCGCGACGCAACGUCAGAACCCCAUGCGGAGAGGUGUCUACGAGGCGCUGUACCAUGAACUUGCUACUGCGCAGCCCAGCCUGUGGAGUCGCAGUGGGCCGAGAGACGAUGUUGUGCCUGUGGGGUGGUGGGCAGGCUUCAAAUGGCGGCUCAUCACGCGGUGGUUUGGCGAGGAGAAAGUUAGACCGGGGAGGAAUGUUGAUGGCAGUGGGAAUGCGACUGGGACUGGUGGGGAGGACUUUGGCGUUGUGGGACGCUGCAGAAGGGCGUUGGCGAGACGCUGGUUGGGCGAAUUGGCCGUCAUGCCUAUCCCGCGCCAUUCAUCCCCCUCCCGCAACGACAACAAACCACUCCCCUCAUCCUCUUCCCAGCGCUCCAGCAGCAGGAGCUCUGUGCGCAGCGAAGUCGCUUCGUGUAUGCUUACUACCACCGCCAACACUGCCAACACUACGACGCAAGAGAUAUCGGAUAAGAAAAUGGGUGCUGUGGCGCAGUUGGCGAGGGUGGCGACGCCGGUUGCGCUUGCGGAUGCGGAUCCGACGGCUGCGUCCAGGAUGCAGAGGGCGAGUAGGAGGGACGGGAGUAGUUUGAGCCCGGAUGGGAGGAGGAGAGGGAGUGUGACGAGUAGUGAUGGGGGGGUUAUGGUUGAGGAGAAGGGGGGGAGUGGGGAUGAGAGGGAGGGGAGGGGGAGUGAGGGGAGGGAUAGGGAUAGACGGAGGGUGAGGGGGUUGGAUGUUCCCAGCAGAAACUGA